UUGGGCAUGAAAGAACUCGGGGAUCUUCUCCCAAAAAAAAAAAGAAAAGAAAAAGGAGGAAAAAAGAGAAGAGAUGGUUGAGGGUGAGAUCGAGGGGCUUUCUGGUGGGCUUUCUGAAUGACCAAAGUAGCUCCUGGGAUCAGCAAAAGAAAGAAAAGCUCCACUAACGCACUGGAAUGUUCCACCGUUCCGUCGUAUGCAAGAAGUGAGAGUGAGAUUCCCGGAGCUCAGUGUGUCCAGCGGCGGUUCCCGUGCGAUAUGGCCGCGCUGCGCGUCCCCCUGAGCGCCUGCUCUCAGCACUCUGACCAGGGUUCCAACAGCGAGCGGAGCGCUGACUCUCCUCUGGCCGCCUCGGAGAGCGACUCGAGCGGCCACGUGUCUCCGCCCAACCCGGAGUGGACCGAGGACCGGUUCCGUGUGGACCGAAAGAGAUUAGAAACCCUGUUAUUGGCCAGUGAAGGGCGAGUUAUCGGCGGAGAGGAUUUUUUCCAGAAGAUCAUGGAUGAAACAAGCACUCAGAUCGCCUGGCCUUCCAAACUGAAGAUCGGAGCCAAAUCCAAAAAAGACCCUCACAUUAAGGUCAGUGGAAGGAGAGAUGAUGUGAGAGAAGCUAAAGGAAGGAUCCUGGCCGUUUUAGACACAAAGAGUAAACGUGUGACGCUGAAGAUGGACGUGUCGCACACGGAGCAUUCACACGUGAUCGGGAAGGGAGGGAACAACAUCAAGCGUGUGAUGGAGGAAACGGGCUGCCACAUCCACUUCCCCGACUCCAACAGGAAUAGCCAGGGAGAGAAGAGUAACCAGGUGUCUAUAGCAGGGCAGCCAGCGGGAGUGGAAACAGCCAGGGCCAAAAUCCGGGAGUUGAUGUCAGUGGUGUUGAUGUUUGAGUGUGGGGGAUUUGUCGAGUCUCUGGACCUCAGCGCUCCAGUCAUCCAGCACAUCGCUCAGUCCUGCGGCGUCACUAUUUCAUGCAAGCCGCCGUCCCAUAUCUACUGCAAUACUGCUGUCAUCCGUGGUAACCAAAGCAACAUUGCAGCAGUCAAGCGUGGUGCAGCUUUGCUGUUGGAUCACCUGGCCGGCUCCAUGUCCGGCUCAGUCACGGUCAGCACUCAGCUGGACAUCGCUCCUCAGCACCACCUGAGCCUGCUGGGCCGAAAUGCCGCCAACCUCAAGCACAUUAGCCAACGCACCGGUGCCCACAUCCACUUCCCCGACCCCAGCACAUUGUUACCCACUCACGCUCACACACGCCGAUCCAGCGUCUACAUUCAAGGCAGCAUCGACGCCGUGUGUGACGCCAGGCAGCAGCUCAUGGGCUGCUUGCCUCUGGUUUUAAUGUUCGACAUUAAGGAGGAGGCUGAGAUCGAGCCCCAGUGCGUCACUACUCUUAUGGAGCAGCUAGACGUCUUUAUCAGCAUUAAACCAAAACCCAAACAACCCAGCAAGUCUGUGAUUGUGAAGAGCGUGGAGAGAAAUGCGGUGAACAUGUAUGAGGCUCGCAGGCUGCUUCUGGCUCUGGAGAGCGCAUGUGGAUCUUCUACCAGUUCCCCAGUUUCUUCUUCGUUUCCUCUCCGUACCAACAGCGUCCCUGUUAAUGCGCACACCUCUUCUCCUUCUUCAUCUUCCUCCUCCUCAAUACUCCUCAACCCUGAUGGACUGGACGCCUUGGUCUCAGCUGGACUGGGACUAAGCACUCUAGGUCUCUUAACUUCCCCAGAUGUUCCCACUCGUAGCAGCUCGUCUGAUUCUAACCCGGUUCUAAACGGGCACGUUCCUGUCCCAAAUGGACAUAAUGAUGUAGUCGGGACACUACAGAACAGCAGCUGUAACCACACCCUCGCUCAGUUACAGGGGUCUUCCCUCUGGACCAACACUCACACUACAUCAGCAAACACUGCAGGGUUCUCCUCUGUCCUGAUGUUACAGUCUGCCUCUCAGGGUUCUCUCAGUGGCCUGUUGCUGUCCGGGGUACACAGUUACAGCCAGAAUUACACACACACUCCCUCUCUCUCUCACACACACACACCUUCACCCCCACCAGGUCUGGCACCAAUCCACAAACCAGUGAGCACAGAGCAACUUAAAGCACAUAUGCCUUCUAUGUAUAGAGGGAUUUCAUCUGUGUCAAUGACUGAAUCCAUGCUUGGCCCCGCCCACUGUGACUCAGCACAGGAAGUUAAUGGACACAGCCAAUCAGAAGCUCUUUCCAGCAAAUCUAGCUCUGAUGAGGGCUCGGACACAUUUGUUGAAGUAGGCAUGCCCAGAAGCCCCUCCCACUCAGCCAAUGGGAUCGAACUGAAACAGAUGCUGUCUUCCUGUAGAGUGUCGUCAGGAAAGCGACAAACUGUCGAACUCCUCCAAGGCACUAAGAAUCUCCGGUCAGACUGUCUGUUGUCUGAUGCUGAGACUGAUGCAGUAGCUGAUAAGAGAGCACCAGGCAGCGAGAGAGCAGCUGAGAGGAACAGACUUGCCCCUCAUAUACAUGCAUAUGACUAUGAAAAGAAGAAGCUACUCGCUACUAAAGCCAUGCUAAAAAAGCCAGUGGUGACUGAGGUUCGGACCCCGACGAACACAUGGAGCGGGCUCGGCUUUUCCAAGUCCAUGCCUGCAGAGAGCAUCAAGCAGCUCCGCAGACCCAGCCAUACAGCCUACAAACCCUCAGGCAAUACCACGUGUCAGGGCACUUCUCUGUCUUGCAAAGGCACCAGGGAGACUCCAGGUAACAACAAUCCUGAGAGUUGGCACACAAGAAACGGGAAUCGCGUUAUUAACGGCAAUGGAGCAGCAACCCACGCGUUCUCCUCCGCCAUCGGUGCUCCAGAGAGGAGCAAGAGCCGGAGCGCCAUGGAUCAGUACCUGAGCAGUAGUAACUACAUGGAGUGUAUCUCAUUUAUGGGUGGCAAUACAGCAUCGUCUCUGAGCUCUUCUCUCAAAGGUACAGACCUGCCUGAGCUCUUCAGCACCCUGGGACUGGGCAAAUACACUGAUGUGUUCCAGCAGCAGGAGAUUGAUCUGCAGACGUUUGUCACACUAACAGAUCCAGAUUUGAAGGAACUGGGAAUCGCAACGUUUGGAGCACGUAGGAAAAUGCUGCUGGCUAUCUCAGAGCUAAAUAAAAGCCGACGGGAGCUUUUUGAGUCUUCGAACAUCCGCCCAUCCUUCCUGGAGGGCGGAGCGAACAGUCGUCUGGCGCGUCACUUCAACGCCGACAUGGCCAGCGUGAGUGGGCGCUGGUGAUCGAAAAAUAAUCUACUGAUACCUCUGGAGUACAAGUUAACAUAACCUUUACAUUAACUACACUCCUUUCGCUUUCUAAUGUGGGGAUUUUUAUCAUGUAGAGCAACUCUUUUCAUGCCAUUCCAUCAGGCUGGAUAAUGUGGAAAGCCAUAAGGGCCAGAAAGGUCCACUUGUUAGCCAAUAUUACCAAAAUAACAAAAAAAAAAAAACUUGUCUAUCCUCAGGUUGUGGAUUAUUGGAGAUAGAGAGGAGAUUGGCUGCUGCUUUGUUGUUCAGAGUUAAAAUUGUGUAAAAUCAUAGACUUGUGCAGUCUUAUUAACUGAAACGGUACUAGUUUCAAAGAAAAAGAAACAGGCACAGGUAGAGUCACAUUAAAUUUGGUACUCUUGCCUCCUGUGGCACAUUGAAGUAUCAGUAUUAAGCACUUUAAGAUAGCUUUUACGUGUGCGUGUGUAUUUGUGUGUGCGUGAGUGUGCGUGUGUCCAAGUGCCAAAGCAUUUACAAAGUUCACAGUUCAUGCUUAAGGCCUUGUUGAUCGCUCAUAUUGGUGUUACUCAUUGUUAGCAGGCUGCACUUACUCCAGUGUAUAUUUAGUUUUGCUUUUUGUUUUCAAUUUUAUAUAUAUAUAUAUAUAUAUAUAUAUAUAUAUAUAUAUAUAUAUAUAUAUAUAUAAAAUAUACUUUUCGUUAAUAAGCAUUAGUUUACAUUAUUUUUGUUUGCAUUCAUUUGUGGAUAAUAUUCUUUCCAGUAAUAUGCGUUCAGAUUUUCCAAAAAAAAUAUAAAGAUAAAUAUAAAGAUAUAUAAAAAUAAUAAUAUUUUUUUCCUCGUUCCAUAAUAUUGUAAUGGUUUAUUUUGUGGGACACAUUCAUCAAUCCGAAGUUUAGUAUUUGGCCGGCAAAAUUAAUCUUUGAAAUAAACUCAGGGACCAAAAAUCCUGCACCUGUGCAUUUCAAAAAAACCUCUUGGAAUCCAAAUUUCAUUACAGACCCUAUUUCAGGAUCAGCCUACAAAACCGAACGAUAAGUAAAUAAAUAAAAAAAAAACGUUAUGAACAGCUAGUGUUAAACAUUCCAAACCAUUGUGGAAAUGUAUCUGUAUACAGUAAAGAUGUUCUGAAACUCCUGGAAACAUGGAAAAAUCGUGUGGAGCCCCUUUUGGUAUAAAUCAAUCCACCAGGAUUUUGAUCUUCUCUGUAAUCAGUAUAUAAUGAUUCCACUGAGGUUUUAGAUCUUUCAUAAAAGAGUUCCCAAAUUCUUUGGAAGUUUCCAGAACACUUUUGGGAAUCUGUUACAGUGGAGAUCAAUGAAAUGAUGGUAAUAAACACAUUCUUUCAAGCAAAGUUCUGGAAAUAAUGAGAAUGAUAGGAACAUGUGUUUAUCGUGUAGAGUUUAGUAGUAGUUCCAGAAGCCCAGAAAAAAGCUAAAAACCUUCCAUAUCUCCAAGGUUCUAAAACAUUCAUAAAUCAUUUUUGAGAUUUAUCCGUGUACAGCCAAGCUGUUCUGGAGUAGAACAUUGUUGAAAUUUGGGAAGAUCCAAGAUUGAACCCUUGUGGUAUAAAUCCCAGUCCACCAGGGCUUUAAUCUUCACUGUAAUCAGUAUAUAAUGCUUCCACCAGGGGUUUUAGAACUUCAAUAAAAGAUAUGAUCUAUAAAAGAACCAUUCUGGUAAACUGUUUACAGUAAAGAUUCAAGAAAUGACAGAAUAAUUAAACACAUUCUUUUAAGCAAAGUUCUGGGGCGAAAAAAUCCAGAAUACUUGUAAUUUCAGGAAAAAAAUCCAGAACACUUUUGAAUGUCAGAGAUUAAGGAUCAGAAAAACCUUCUAGAUCAAAAUCUAUCAGGAUUUUGAUCUUCACAGUAAACAAAAUAUAACAAUUCCAAAGUUCUUUUGGGACAUCUAUUAUGAGAGCCUUUCGAUUUUUACUAAUUUCCACAAAGGUUCUAAGAUAUUCCAGGAUCAUUGUGGAAAAUUGGUAAUUGUGUACAGUGAAGUUGUUUUCUGGACCUCCUAGUGGUUACAUGUGAAGAUCAAGGAUCCAAACCCUUGUGGUAUUAAUCACUUCAAGAACAUCUUCAUAAAGUCCCAGAACCCUUGUGGAGCAAUGUGUACAGUUAACAGUGACAUGUGAAAUUGAACAAAGCUGAAUCUUCCUGUUGUAGCACAUGAAUUAUCACCAAACUCUAAUAAGAAAAGGGGGCUUCCCGGGACUCUCAAGAUGGCUGAUUUCCUGAAGCAUUGAUGCAUUUGGCUAUGUGAGGACUUUUAUAGAUUACAGGACGUCGUACUGUGUCAUAAACCACAAAUCACCCUGUAAUCAUUUGUAAAAAAAUAUAUAUUAAUCAUUAAUACGAUCUAUUAUAGAUAUUAUAUUAUAGAUAAUAAUUAUUAGCAGCGUUAAAAAUGUUCUUUAUUAAGGUGCACCAGAGCUACAGUACGAGACUGACCCCAAACAUGCCACAUCUGUUUGGUAAUUAGACCGUGCACAGAUUUCCAUUGGUUUCAGAUUCGAUCCAAAUACAUAAAUCAUUUUAAAAAGCAUGUUUUUUAAUACAUUCAGGUCCUAAUUAGAGUCAAAAUUCAAACAGAAUCAUUUAUGAAUGCAGCCAGGAAAUAAAGCAGGAAAGUUAUUUAGAAUAGUACAUGCUGGUGAAAUGUAUUCUGUAUUUGCAGCUGAUUAAUUAAUUCAUUGAUCGAUUAAUUAGUAAAUUGAUAAGGGGAUUUAUUUCUUUUUUUUGUAUUAAUGUUUAUGGCUGGUCAUCCAUUAUUUUUUAUUAUUUUUUUAAUCCAUCAAUUCUUUUUUUUUUUUUUUUACUUCGAUUAUAUGUCACUAUUUUUAUAAGAUGUUCUUUGUGUUGUGUAUUUUAUUGUUUUUCUUUAUUAUUAUUAUUUUUUUACAAAAGAAUGGAGGGUGUUAAAGCCUUAUAGCCCUCAGGAUUAUACCCCUGUACAUCUUUUCCCUCUGUGAGAUUCUUUAACGUUGUCCAUAAAUGCAUUCAGAAGCCACUUUAUAACUGUAUAUGCUAGCUUAUUUCUGUGACAGUUCUGAUUGUAUAACGGUGUUUAAACUUUACAGAUGUUGCACAUGAGGUACGCAAAGUUUUGCUCAUGUAUUUUUUUUUUCAGUAUUUUUAAGCUUAUAUUGUUAUUGGUUUCGUAUUAAAUGUUCAGAUGUGUGUGUACGAGUUACAAACUGCUGAACUCUGAUAUACAGGAAGCAGUCAUCAUUUACAGGAAGUGCUUUAUGUAAACAGAUGUGAUUUAUUGAAUCCUGUGAGCUGGGGGCGAGUUGGUUUUGCGAAAUUGUCACUGAUGGUUUCAGGUACAUUUCGAAUGUAUUAUAUGAAGGAACAUUGAUUCUGUUAUCAUUUUCUUUUUCUCUCAAAGUGAAGGUUGUAUCUGCUGCGCUGGGGAUGUUUUAAGGAACGCUCAGACUCUGUAACAUUCCUCUCGUCUUUUUUUCCAAUGCAAAGUGUUAUCAUUGAUGGAGUACAUGUUUAAUUUGUUUGUUUGUUUGUUCAUGGUUGUUUUUUGAGGUGGUCCAAAGACAUACAUUUUUUCAGUAUUUGCUAGAAUCAAACCAAAGACAUGUCCUGAGACAAAAACUGUAAUAUUCCUAAUGUUGAAAAGCAGUUCAAUUGAGUUUUGGUUACAAGAAUAAAAAUAAACAUAUGCAA